GAAGCUUUCUGUAUCUUCUUGAUCAAUUAAUUCAUUUCAUCAGUAUUUGAAUCGACCAGGCCAGUGCUGCAGCAAUGCGUCACUUUAUCUCCAUGGUGUUUUCACUGCUAGUCAUUACUGGGCUGCAGGUGAGCGCUCAGUCUGGAGUGAGACGUCCUGAGCGGAGCAUCAACAGACAUUACAGAUCAGAGCUGACUGUGUCGAAUGGAAGGGUAUGGGGGUCAUGGGGUCACAAGGAAAUGUGUCCAAUGGGAAUGUACGCCGCAGGCUUUAGUUUAAAGGUGGAAGAUCCUAUUGGUGAUGGGGAUGAUACUGCGCUCAACGGGAUUCGGCUUCACUGUGUUUAUACGGCUAAUGGCGUAGCAAGCUCAUAUACCAACUACGCCUCAGUUGGGUCAGAUGUAGGCAGCUGGGGUGUUUGGAGAGAUAUCAAAUGGUGUCCUUCUGGAUUCUUGACUGCUUUUCAGCUGAAAGUUGAAAAGCCUCAAGGAAGCGGUGAUGACACAGCCGCGAACAACAUCCAGUUCAAAUGCAGUUCAGGUUCUUACCUGCUGGGUGAAGGCACAAAAUGGGGCGAUUGGGGUGGCUGGAGCCAAACAUGUCUGGGAAAAGGAAUUUGUGGUAUCAAGACACGGGUUGAAUUGCCACAAGGAAGAGGAGACGACACCGCUCUCAAUGACGUGCGCAUGUUCUGCUGCAAUUAAGCUGAAGCAAUCGCAAUCAAGCACUCGGAUCUUAGAGCUGUCUGGAAGACCUCCGUGUAUUUGUGCUGGUAAAAAUGGUUUUGUCCCAUAAACCAUGUCUUACAACAGAGUUCAGGACCUUAACACAAAGCAAAGGUCGACUGAACAUCAUCUCAUUUAUUACAUGGCAAUGUAAAGUGUGUUUUAUCAGUUCAAGCAUUUCAGAUCCACAAUCUCCAUUCUGUACAUUAACUGUAAAACUGUCAAACCGGUUACAUGGCAUUUUUUUGAGGGCAUAAUUGUAUCCUAACAUCUAUUAAAAUAUAUAUUUAGCUUGAAAUUA